AUGAAGCUGUUCAUCGCGUUCGCCGUUAUUGGCCUUGCAGCAGGCCAUCCAGGACUGCUGAGGGUACCGAAAGUGUACAACGCGGUGAUAACGAGCAACCAGAAUCUGUCACCAUCCAGAGCGUUCCCUGUGAUCCAGCCAGUGAUCCAUAAAACGGCGGUUGGCUACGUUCCUCCGUUUUACUACACGCAAGUCGCACCACACGUAUCUGGUCCCGAAUUGGUGCAUCUUCCGCAAAGUGGGUUGAAGCCAAAGGACGAAGCAGACGUUCAGGCAGCCCCAUCUGCAGCCGCGGAAGCUUCGAAACUAUCCGACCCCAAGACAGAACAAUCGGCAGAUUCUCCACAAGAAAACAAGAACGUGAAAGCAAGUUCGAGGAACAGGCACGAAGAGCAACCAUUAAGCUUCUACCCGAAUUAUCAGUCGUUGUACUACGAUCCCUAUUUCUACACGCAAAACGGGAUCAAUCCACAUCUGGUUCCGGGGAAUUACUACGUCGACUAUCAACCUUACGGCACCCUCGACCCGAUUCCCGCAUCCACGCCGAGGAACGGUGACUCUGGACAUCUGCUACCAGGUUAUCACGAGGAGAAGAAUAACGUCGCGAAGGUCGAGAAGGAAAAAGUACCGGAUGUCCCCCCGCCGCCACUUCCGACAGCUGUACCGAAAAGUCCUUGA